UUUUGGGUGACGGGAUUCGCGCAUGCGCGAUGCUAGCUACAGACAAGCUCUUUGAAAUCGUUUGCACGGACUGUUUGAUCCAGUAGCAAGGGUGUGUUGUUGUCGUGGACUGUGUGACAACUUUAUGUCUUACAGAAAUGGCCGGAAUUAAAGCUCUGAUCAGCCUGUCCUUUGGUGGAGCCAUUGGACUCAUGUUCCUGAUGCUAGGAUGUGCCCUUCCAGUGUAUGAUAAAUACUGGCCCUUGUUCCUCCUCUUCUUCUACAUCCUCGCCCCAAUCCCUUACGGCAUCUCCCGGAGAAUUGUUGACGACACAGACUCGGCAAGCAACGCCUGCAAAGAGCUGGCUUUAUUUCUCACAACAGGCAUAGUGGUUUCAGCUUUCGGCCUGCCAAUAAUUUUCGCCAGAGCCGAUGUUAUUGCCUGGGGAGCAUGUGCGCUUGUGUUAACAGGCAAUGUAGUGAUCUUCGCAACCAUUCUGGGAUUCUUCUUGGUCUUCGGAUCAAACGACGACUUUAGUUGGCAGCAGUGGUAAAAUUGGGAGCGUGAGGUGGGGGACUAAGUCUGAACUGUUUAUAUUAUUAGAAUUGUUAUUAUUAUUGUCGUUAUGAUUACUAUUAUUGUUGUUUGUUGUAUAUUUAUGACCGCCCAUCCACAGACACAUUAAACCAGUGCAAUAAUUUGAUUUAACUGUCAUGCGGAAUGUCAGACUGACUUCAGGUGGAUGUGCUGACUUUCAUAUGUACUUUUUGUUUGCUCCAUGUUUGAGUCUUCUCCAUUCAUGUACUGUACAGGCUUAUCUUUUGAGAAUCAAACUCUUUAUAAUGUUGAAAUCUAAAAGUCCAUCUUAUCUGUAAAAAUGUCAAACUUAAUGUAAACCUGGACUCAGAUUGACCUAUGGGAGGGAUUGUGAUUGUCUGAAAGGUGGAAGCUUUUCCUGUGACAACGAUAUCUAACUGACAAAUGUUGUUACUCCUUUGGGAUUGACGGUGUACAAUAGCGUGCUGGUCAGUCUUGAGGAAAGUUUCUCCCUCCAAGUGCAGACAGCACAGGAUAUUUUGUAUGGAGUAUGUGUUGUUUUUGAAGAGCAUAUUGAAAGCUGUGAGCUUUAGUCUCUCAGAUUGAAACCUUUCAAUACUAACGUACAUACAGCGUACAUUGAUAUAAUACAAUGCACUGUCACCUAUUGCAGUGAUCAAUUCUAAUGACUCAGCUAUUCAAAUACGUUCAUUUGAUACCGGCCUCUUGUGCUUUGUUGUUUAGCUUCCUUUUGAAAAAUGUCUAGAAAUCAUUGCAACCCAGUCUCGUCUUUUCUCUCGAAAACAAAGUCGGCAUCGAUUUGUUGGAGCAAGGUUUAGAAAUCAUCAAAAACCAGGAUUAGGGCUAGCCGGUGGAAUCAUGGGCAAUUUAAGAUCUAGGCUACUUAUAACCAUGGGUAAUACUGCUAGGCCUGGAUUUACCAGGUAUUCUAUUGGUUUCUAUACCUGGAGUAGGAAACAAAGGCUGCACUGUAAUUAUGUUUCAAAGAUAAAUGUGGACGAACCCCAGUGUUUACCGA